AUGGCUUCUGGUAAUCAAGCAUCUGAGCAUGUAGUGGGACAUCAUGGCAACAAAGAAGAGCUUGAAAGGUUAGUGUUCGACCAUACUGAAUCAAAACGCUGUUCAAUCGAGGAUGAGAGUUGAUGAAACAUGAAACUUGCAUGAGAGUUUUCUAAACUUGUCAUGCCCUGGCAAAACGAGAACGAGGGUUGCAUGAAAGUCGACGAGAGUCACCUAGAUAUUACUGGUCAAACGAGCUGAAACUCUCGUCAACUCUUAUUGUUGAUGAGAGUGCAUUAGAUGAAUGUUGCAGACGGCAAACGCGACCGAAAGUUGUCUCAUGACUCUUGUCAACUCUCGUGCAAACUCUCGCUUCUCAACUCUCAUUCUAGCUUAACAGGAGCUUAAUACAAGACACAUAAACGCAGCACUUUUUCGAUAGGUGAUAUAUACAUUUUAAAACUGUUAUUGUUUUUAUUUGUUCUUUGAAAUUAUUUUCAACAAUUUUAAAAUAAAUAUUUUUCCGCCAGUCGGCGUCCGCGAAUCCGCGCCCGCCUUUAACUACGGGGAUACCCGGCGUGCACCUUCGGGGACCUUAAUUAAUUGGUUUACCUUGGCCUGAUCCGACUUUAUGAGCUUGACCUGCUUAACCCCAUCCAAAAAUGGAAUUUAAUCUAUAUUCAGUGGGAAAAUCUUGUUUCCUUAACAAAUUAUCGUGCUUGAGUUGCAGGGUUAAAGAACAUCUACAGGAAGUCACGAAAAAAAAUCAAGAUCUUGAAGAAAUGCUGCUUUAUACGGUAAGAUCCUGCAACGUUUAUGAUGUCUAUGAUAACAAAGUAUUCUUAGUAGUCGUAUUUGAACAAUGAUCUAAAACGCUAGUACGCUACAUUGUACUGUUUACGUGUCAUGUGAUGUUCGAUGCGAUCAUUUACAUAGGCCGCGUGCUGUCCUUUGUGUGCUAACAUAUGGUGCUAAUCAGGGCCGUCCUCAGGAAAUUUUUCAGGGGGGGAGAUAAGAUCAUUUCCGAUCGACUGAAGAGCUUGUACCGACCACAUAUUAUCGAUGAAAGCUUCCCAUCCCCCAACCGCUACCCCCCCCCCUCCCCUAGCUCCGGGUCUGGUGCUAAUCAGUCCUAACUUGCAGCUGAGAGUUUACCUGAAUUACGCAACUCAAUCUGAUUUGAUUCAGUUGAAGGCGCCUCUAGCAGCCACCGGAGCACAGCUACGGUGGUGGAAGGGUCAGUUUGAACAUAUGGUUUGAAGUAAUAACAACUCACUCUAGCAACAUUCCCAGUGGGAAAAAAACGGAGAAUCGUAAAAAACGCACUAUUUUUGGUAGAGCGUCGGCCGACGUCGCCUCUAGCAGCCACAGGAGUACAGCUACGGUGGUGGAAGGGUCAAUCAAUCAAUCAUAUGUUUAUUUCCCAUGUGUACAAUAAUAAGUAACAAAACUAUGUGUAGUUUGAAAGUGUUGGGCUAGAGACCUACUGGAGACCUUUACAGGCUUUUUAAUGUAGGCCACUAGUUAGGUUUGUAAAAAAAUUUGCAUAUAUAUUUACAGUGAAGAGUAAUUGUUGAAGUAAGUUUAUUAAAGUAUAUACUAUUUACAAAAGAAGGAUAUUAUAUCAUAAUAUACAGCAAAGGUCAGCAAGGGUCAGUUUGAAGUAAUAACAACUCACUCUAGCAACAUUACCUGUGGGAAGAAACCGGAGAAUCGGAAAAAACGCAUUAUUUUUGGUAGAGCGUCGGCCGACACUUUUCACGUAAGUGUCAUAUGGGUCUGUAGCGAGGACUAAACCCACGAUCUCAGAGGAGGUGGCAAGUGCUUGACGAUUUCGCCAUUUGAAACGUUUUCACGAGAAAAUAUUUUUGCCUUUAAACUAAUUCUGCAUUACAUUGAGGCGGGAGCUCGCACCGUCGAUAUUCUAAGCCGCUAAAACUGCCUUUAACCGUAGAUCUAAAUUGCUUUUUUCAGACUCAAGAGUUGCAAAAAGAAAAGGAGAACUCGCGAAAAAUUGUUCAAACUUUGACAGAACGUUUGAUGGAAUCACGAGAGAUGAUUAAUAAACUAGAAGUGGAGAAUGUAAGAUUUUUGAAGUAUAUAAAUCAAAAUAUUUAACUGCAACGCUCUCAAACGUGAUGGAAAUUAACUAGUCAGUACACAGCUUCCGGCAAAAGCAUUAUAUAGCCGAAGCGUUUACUGUUUUUGUUAGAAAACCAAACUCGUUUCCAGGCUCUACGCCAGAGGAGGGUGUCCGGGAACAAGGUUGUUGGAAUGUUGGAAAACUAACAAGUAUAUGUCAGUGCGACGCGCCAAUGCUCAAGGUCUGCUCAGCGCAUAUGGGACAUAAUAUAUCUCAAAGACUCAAACAAAUAGCCAACCAUAUUGCAUUAGUACUAUUUACAACAUGAGCGGCCGUGUUGUAUCGGAUAUACAAACCAUAGAUAUAAGAUAUCUAUGAUACAAACUCGAGCCGAAGGCGAGAGUUUGUAUAUCCGAUACAACACGGACGCGAAUGUUAUAAAUGGCUUAAAAAACGACUCAUCUUAUGAGUUCAUUGGCGAAGUAAUUUUAAAAAUAAACGUUGCCUAAGCCGAGAAAAUCAAAGUUAAAGUUUAUGUAAACCAACAUGAAUCUGUAUCACAUAUACAGAUACGCUUAUGAUUUUUCUUUGUGUUUUCUUCAUGAAUUAUUAAUUUUGAUUACAUGAUGAUACUGGAUAUCUGAUGAGGUUUAUUGAUCCACUCCUUGGACUGGAUCGAAUCCACUCCUUGGACUGAUUCGCACCAUCUGGCAAAGUCCUCAUAGUUGGAUUUGAUAUAUUACGUCCCAUAUGCCCUGAGCGUUGCUAAUGUCAUGUAUUUACAAUAAAGUGUUCAAAAUCUAAAAUGUUUUUAAAACUCAUCAUGGUUUUGAGCUCGUGUUAACAUACAAAAAAUUCCUCUUAAUCAUUUGCUAUAUUUCUAGAUGAGAUACAAAAAAGACUGUAUGCUGGCAGUUGAGUUACUGCAAUGCAACAGGAGUGUUGACCAAGGACAUGUUUCCAGCACAGUACGAAAGGUAAAACAGUUGAAUGUCUCACGCUUAAUUAAGGGAAAUCGUAAACGUAGUUUUAAAAUAAUAUAUAUACAUGUUUGUCCAGGACCCUAGAAUAGUGCAUGUCCGCUUACGAGAGGUGUCCGCAAGAUUGUGACUGUAUUUACAACUUACUUCCAAAAACAUAUCAUUCCUAUCCUUGUCUAGCUGUCAGAAUACACGGUUCCAGUAGAACAUCACAAUUCCACAAGUGGAAACCCUUUCGCACUAGUGAACGUACAUGACCAUGCAAACAAUAAAACACCAGAGGAUGCCAAUAUCAAAAACGCUCAACAAACCAGACCACGAACAGCUAGCAAGAAAAAGAAUAAGCCCGAAGCUAGUAGCACCAAUGAAGACACAACAGCAUUGCUUGACAAACAAGACACAAAUGAAGACAAGGUCAAAAUUUUGGGACGGCAGGACAAGAUUAUCAAGGACACAUCACUGGAGUACAACAAGGACCUGAGAGAGAACCAGUGUGAAGAAACAACAGAUAAAACUUUAUCUUCAGUGAUAGACAACAGUCAGCAAAAACAAUUUGAUAAUCCCCAAGAUAUUGCGGGAAUGAAUGGAAAAGGUUCUACACAGUCAAAGGACCGUUACUCCAAAGAGGAAAAGGAAUGUUUGGCAAACGAAUGCGAACAGGAAGACAAACCAGUGAUUGCGAAUAUACAAUCGGAAAUUACCGACAACCACCUUGAUUUGAAUAGCGUCGAACACGAGGGAUCAAAUAGCGAAGACAGUUGUCCAAAAGAAAACGACGUCGAAUGUUUAAAUGAAGAAUGGACACAAGAAGACAAACCUCUUAUUGUGAGUGAAACUGGACCAUCGACAGAACAGAGUCUUAGUCCGCCAGAGCCAAAUGUGAAAUCGCGUGGACAGAAUCCACACACAGUAAAUGCGUGUCAGGCAGAGAGCAAGAAUACGGGGUAUGAAUUGCAUGGUGAUGUUCGACAAAGUACUAGCUUCAUAUCAACUACAGCAGCAACAAUAGUAGAAAAUAAAGACAUUUCUCAAACAAAAGCAAUGAAAGAAGAUGCAGUAGGUAAUGAAAAUGACAAGCUUCUUGAUGCAGAGAGAAGCGAAGAAAAUCAUACGCAACAAAUUUCAUCAGAAACCAAUACGGCAGCGUCCGAGCUUACGUUAUUUGCAGAGGAUGACAACAACAAUAAGGCAGAAGAUAAUCAAGCCGAAGUAAUGGUGUCUAUUGGUGAUGGUGGAAAACUGUCGUCCAUGGACGAUUCUACAACAAAAGAAAGUGAAACUAAUGAUGACCAAGUGGAUGGACCAGUUGUAGAGGCAGAUGACGAGACUUCGACAGCUGAAGAGAAUACACCUCUGGUUUGAAGAAAAUCGUGACUUUUUAAUGAAUAAUGAACUCUAUAGACUCUUACAUGUAAGGCUGGUUUCUAUUAUCAAAGAUACUGUGAUCACAGUAGGAAUUUUGCAUAGGUAAAUUCUAAGUUUUGAAGGAUUUGUAAGAAAUGUUUGAGGGAACUGACUCGGUGUUUAACACUGAGUCAGUUCCCUCAAAAAUUUCUCACAAAUCCUUCAAAACUUAGAAUUUAUAUAUGCAAAAUUCCUACUGUGAUCACAAAAACUUUGAUAGUGGAAACAGCCUUUACAUAUAGAGUUUACUGAUAUAAACCAGGCUUGAUUAAUGAUUACUUCC